UAAAUCGGUAUAAAAAGCAUAUAAAACCGGAGACCCCUUCUGAGCAAGUUGUGCAGUUAAACAGCAGUACAAUGAAGUCGCUCCGCCUCGCCGCUCUGCUGGUCGGCCUUAUAGGAGAAUUCAGCUACAGGGUAGGCGGAACCCCCGACUUUCGAGAUCAGGGUGGAUUUGCAGGUGUGCCUGUGCAAUAUGUCAUCCGCAGUGCAAACACACUUGACAAUGAGAGUGGCGGCAGUGCAUCAUACGGCGGAAGUGGCUACGGCGCUGCAUCUGGUGGAUUUCUAAGCGAAAAUAUGGGCCGAACGGAUGGUGGUGAAAACUACGGAGGAAGCGAUGCUGACCAGUAUGGAGGUAGCAAACGCCAUACACGCCGCAGAGUCAUAUUGAUCCUGAUUCGCAAACGUCCACGGUCACAAUAUGGUAGCGGAUCAGACGAAGACGGAGAAAGAUGGGGAAGGCAAGGUGGGGAUUAUUCUUCAGACGAUCAGUCCAUAAGCCAGCGGCGAAGGGCACAACGUGCGCUGCUCCGCACCCUACUAAGGAAAAUACUGCUCGCAGCGGCAAGACAGAACUCAGUGGGCGAGGGAACUGAAGAGGGGCAAGGUGGUGAUUUGGGUGCAGACCAACAGUGGGGGCGCGGUGAACCCCGUUGGGGGUCAGGACGCCGCUUCGGCGAAGGCAGUGACUAUGGCUCCACGUACACAUUUAAUGGCCGUGAAGGCCUGCCGGGACAAGGUGGCUUUAGUGUUGUAGGCGGUCCUCUUUUGGUGAGGCUCGGGAGGCUAAACUCUGGAGAUAGUAGUGGCUUCUACGGAUCAACUGAUGACCAGGGUCCUCAAAACCGCCCAGUCUGGUUCUCUAGCCAAACCUUAAGGGAUGCACAAGGUGGAAUUCCCAGUAGGAGCGGUGAAGGAGGUGGCGGACACUUCAGCGACGCCGCUAAUGGUGGUACCGGUUACGGCAUUUCCAGCCCAUUUUAGAAAUCUUGGUGAUCGAAGAGAAGGAAGUCCAUUCAACGCAAUGGCCGGUUCUGGGAGCGGAGGAUUAGCCGACUCAAGAGGUUUGGGAGGUUCAAGCGAGAGUUAUUCAGCCCAACCAUCUACAUGGCAGGGAAGGGGUGGCCGCUUUGCAGAGUACCCGAAUCAACUUGAACGAGGCAAUGAAGGCAGCUCAUAUGGUCUCAUCUCAGGAGGCCUACAAUCUGGGGACCGAGGAAUCAACGAUUACACAAGUUUAGCACCGCAACUAGGUUUCAGGGGAGUGCCUAGUCGUUACACUGAAAGUGGCCAGACUGGCAGCGCUAGUGGCAGCUACGAUACCAGAUUUGGAGGAAGACCUGGCAAUACAUUCAACGUCGGCUCAAAUGCCGGAUACAAUGGCGUAUUCGGAGGAUUACCUGGUGCAAGCUCUUUUGGUUGGAGUGGAAUAAAUGGAGCUUAUGAUUCCAACAACAAUCCCACUGAUGGAAACAUGGCUAGUGUGAACACGCAAUGGCCACAGAAAAGCUCCUAAACUGAUUUUCUUAAACUACCCUCAAUCGGGUCUGCCUCAUGCAAGCAUACGUCACAGCCCGCGCAACAGAUUUUGAUUCAUUGCCUCCUUUGUUGCUUUUAAAAAUAAAAGCACGACACCUUUGGUUA